CGCGUAGAAGAAAAUUUCCCCCGCUCUGAGCCCGCGCACUCUUACUCCCUUCCCUUCCCUUCCAUUCGUCCCCAACAGUGAAAUCCUCGUGCCCUAGCUGCUGCUCCGGUCGUCGUUCGUCGCCGUUGUCGUCGCCAUCAAUUGUCAUGGCUCACCUUGCCUCAUCCAAAGCUUAGCUUCCGCCUUCUCCUGAUUUCUCUUUGAGUGCAGAAACUUCCACCGGCAUCACCUCCCUCCGGCGACCAGCCAGCGUCGGCCGACCGUCAGAUCAAGUCGCGAAGGAAGAUGUAUCUUUCAUUCGUGCGAAGGAUACCACCAUGUUCCACCACCCUGACCCUCUUUUAAAGGCCGAGCGUGAUGGCCGGAAAAGAUCAGGAAAGAAAAACUGUGGUCGUCCAAGUUUUCUAGUUCUCACUCUUCCUCCCUCGGUGGAGUUACUAUUAGCAGUCACCGGAGACCUAAAACCCACCACCCCGCCACCACCUCCUCUCCUCCUCCUCCUCUGCCGGCGCCAACGCCGACGCCGCCGCUGCCUUCUUCCCUCUUCGUUUUCUGUUCCCUUCUUCUUUUCUCCAAACCCCCAAAACCCCCAGUCGAAACUAAUCCCUUUGGAACCUAUAACCCAUCUAGAAAUUCAUCCUCUCCUUUUUGGAGUCAGGUUUGCUUCUGUUGGGGAGAUUUUCCAAGGAAAGAUGAGGCUGCCUAAUCUUGGUUCUAUACUCACAGAUACUGGAGACAAGAGAGCAUAUUUUUGCAGCUUUCUCCUUCUGGGUGCUGUUCUUGGUUUAGCCCGCCUUGUUGGGACUCCCUCUUUUGUUAGUAACAAAAAUACUUGAGUCAUGUAUCCAUCACCUUUAUUUGUGCACCAAGGCAACGCCUACAUCAACAUAUGGAAAUUCUGUAACAGCCUAAGUUUGUAUUGCAUAAAGGUGAUGCCUGCAGAG